AUGCGGCUAUUUAAAAGUUCAGCAAAACGGUUACUGACUACAAAACCAUCCCCAUUAAAAUUCAAAUCAUUAAUUUAUUCUUCUCACGAUGUUGCAGAUUGCACAAGUGUUUUAAAGGUGCAUGAGUAUAUUCCAAAGGAGAACUUGGAUAACUCUAUUUUGUUGCGUACUUUAGCUUUUCCUAUUAACCCUUCAGAUAUUAAUCAGCUACAGGGUGUGUACCCAUCCAAGCCAAAAAAGGUUUUGGACUACUCAACGAAUGAGCCCUCUGCUGUAGCUGGUAAUGAGGGUGUGUUUGAAGUUCUCUCUGUGCCAGAGUGUGAGAAGGAUUUGAAAGUUGGCGACUGGGUUAUACCACUACACUCAAAUUCCGGGACGUGGACUAACUUAAAAGCGCUAAAGGAUGGGAGCUCACUAAUCAAGGUUAACGGUUUAGAUAUCUUUAGUGCGGCUACAAUUGGUGUUAAUGGUUGUACCGCUUACGAAUUGGUGAAUAACUAUAUUGAUUGGGACCCUAAUGGGAAUGAAUGGCUAGUCCAGAAUGCCGGAACUUCGGGUGUGUCCAAGAUGGUUACACAGAUUGCUAAAACUCGUGGAGUCAAGACUUUAAGUGUUAUAAGGGACCGUGAUAACUUUGAGAAGGUGGCUAGUGAUCUUGAAAAACGUUACCAUGCCACAAAGGUUAUCAGUGAAACUCAAAAUAACGACAAGGAUUUUGGUAAGGAUGUCCUUCCAACUAUCCUUGGGGCAGAUGCUAAGGUUAGACUUGCCUUAAACUCCGUGGGAGGUAAAUCUAGUUCUUCAAUUGCAAGGAAAUUAGAUAAUGAUGCAACUAUGUUGACGUACGGCGGUAUGUCAAAACAGCCCGUGACAUUGCCUACAUCGCUAUUGUUAUUCAAGGGACUAAAAUCUCUAGGAUAUUGGCUCACUGUUAAUACACAGAAGAACCCUGAAUCCAAAAUUAAAGCUGUCGAGGCCUUGGUUACAAUGUAUAAAGAAGGCAGCUUGCUCUCUCCAAAGCUGGACAUCAACGUUUUGGAAUGGGAUACCAAAACAACGACCGACGAGCAACUAUUGGAAUUGAUUAAAGAGGGAAUCAAGAACAAUAGGAAGAACGUUGUUGUUCUAAAAUGGUAA